UCCUCCAGGACUACCAGGAAGCCACUAGGGUCUACUGUCUAGGGUUGGUUCCUCUCUCCUCCAGGACUACCAGGAAGCCACUAGGGUCUACUGUCUAGGGUUGGUUCCUCUCUCCUCCAGGACAACCAGGAAGCCCAAUAGGGUCUACUGUCUAGGGUUGGUUCCUCUCUCCUCCAGGACUACCAGGAAGCCACUAGGGUCUACUGUCUAGGGUUGGUUCCUCUCUCCUCCAGGACAACCAGGAAGCCCAAUAGGGUCUACUGUCUAGGGUUGGUUCCUCUCUCCUCCAGGACUACCAGGAAGCCACUAGGGUCUACUGUCUAGGGUUGGUUCCUCUCUCCUCCAGGACUACCAGGAAGCCACACACCUGGAGCAGUUUGUGACACGCUUCCUGUUGAAAGAGACAACCAAUCAGCUCCACUCGCUGCAGAGCUCCCUGGAAUGUGCCAUGGAGACCACGGCCGAACAGACCCGCCAGGAGAGACAAGGCCCAGUGAAGCUUGAGGCGCUCUCCAUCCAGUGGUCAGGGAGAAGAUCCAAUCGAAGGCUUCAAAGGAAUAACAGUCUGUCUCCCAACAACCCUCUACUCAGCCUGGUCAACUCAGGUGUGUAUGAGGAGGACAACCAAUGGAUGACUCAGGUCAACCGACUCCAGAAGCUUAUCGACCGGCUAGAGAAAAAGGAGGUUCGUCUGGAGCCAGUUGAAGAGGAAGUGUUGGAUGGAAUCACCAAAUCACACAUCCUGAUAGUCCAGAGACAGCUGAAUGUGUUGGAGGAGGAGCUGGAGGAGUUUCGCCUGGCUCUCAGACAGUACAUGGAGUGUACCUGUACCCAGACCGGCUGCCUGCAUGUGGCAGUUCAGCGACUGGCUAAUGAGUCCCGCUUCAUCCUGUACGAGUUUUGGGAACACAACAAUGUAUGGAAGAACCAUCUUCAGACGAACUACAGUAAGACGUUCCAGAGAGGCAACGUGGACUUCCUGGAAACACCAGAGCUCAUGACCACCAUGCUGGUGCCGGCAUCCUGGUGGGUACUAAACAACAACUAAAGAUGACGUCACGCCAGGCCGACUGAGGACCGUUAUCGAUCGGAAACGUAGUUUAUAGAGUUUUAUCAUUAACGUUGUCAUUGGGAAGAACUGCACACACACUAAUGUCAACGUGUACUGUGAAGUCAUUCUGAAUUAUUACAGUGAGAGAGAAAAAGU